AUUUUAUUUAUAACGCACCUUUCAUACUAAAAGCAUCUCAAACUGCUGUACAGAAUUUAAAACAAUAAACCAGUUGUCACCCCUUCCCCACAUGAAAAAAGCAGAAAUUUGCAUGUAAAAUGUAUGGACUGAGCACAGAAGAGUCAGAUCAGGAUAAACAGCUAAAACGAUGGGUCUUGAGCCUGUUCUUGAAAACAUCAAUAUUUUUAGCAGCCCUCAGGUGCUCCGGAAGACAGGGGCCAUACUGGAAAGAAGCCCCUCAGUAAGUCUGUAUUCUGACUCUUGGGACUGUUAACAAUGAAGGAAACCAGCAGAGAACAAUGAAAACCAGGAAGCUUAAAUACAUAGCAGGUGUGAUUCGUUGUAUGGCAACCAGGUGAGCACAACGAGAGUUCAGACCAGGUGAGGGAGAGUCCAAGAAGAGAACUGAAGGAAGGUGACAAUUAGACACAGAAUAAAUGCAGGGAGCCGAACCAAACAUAAAAUGACUUACAAACCAAUGGGAAAAGACCAACACUAAACAUGAGUCUAAACAAACAUGCACAAGGAACAGAACACAGGGAAAAACUCAACACAAAGGAAUGAACUUGUAUGACAAGACCUUAAUACCAAUAAUAAACAAUGCUAAAUGAUCACAAUACAAACACGAAUGAGAACCAAAAACAAAAAUAGCUGUGGAUCAUGACAGCAAAAGAUAUGAGCCGCAUUAUUUGUUAAAAGUGUUUUUGCAUUCUUCUGGUAGUUAGGAAUCAGUAAGAAAAAAAAGAAGGUGGUUACUUGAUUCACAUUUUAUACAGAACAUAAAACAAAUACAUUUUUCAAAAACAAAUCAGUAGGAAGUAAAAUUUGAUAUGAUUUUUCUUUUCAUCUUUAAAAUAAUAGAAACGCAAAUAUCCUGUAUCUUCUUCUAUGCAGGUGCCUGCAAUUGAUCUAUGCAGGUACCUUCUUCUUGCAACCACAGUACACUAUGUCUCAGAGCUGAAGUCCCAUAUACUUUUACAACACAAAACAAUAGUAAUGAUCUAAUGCAAUAUUUACAAUAUUUACAUUUAAUGAGAAAUAUGAAUGUAUGCAUUUCUAUCAUGUAAUUUUGAAAAUACCAACCCCUUUUAUUGACAGUGGCAUUCCACUGUGAAGAGUAUUAUUUCCUAAAGCAAGCUGAGGUGUAGAGGGUGUCAGAAUUGGUGAGGACAGGUCGAUUUUGUGUUUUUAUGUUUUUCUUUUUGAUGAAAAUAAAACCAAAACUAAUGUUUUUGCUCAUUAAUUUCUUUUUUAUGCAAUAACUAAAUAAAUAAAAACUGCGUGCAUUUCAGUAGGGAUUCUUAAUGAGCAAUUUCAAAUGAUCAAAACAUGCACUGACCCAGUGACGUCACCGAGUGAAUGAUAUACUCAAUUAGUUGAUGCUAAGCUGUGGUGAAAACGGGACAUCUUUUUCUUUUUCUUUUGGUAGUGGGGUUAUCUUUUUAUUAUUUUGAAUAUGAAAAGAUGAUCAAUGUAAUUUCAAACUGCUGCUCACCUGUUUAUGCCCACUAAAAAAGAAAAAUGGCUUGUAGUCUACUUAAUUUUAAUAUUUUGUAUAAACAAAAAUCAAAUAAGCGCUUUUGUUGGUCAGUACUGGUUUCUGACGAGAAAAUCCAGCUACCAAAACACGCAAGGUAACGAUUUAUUAAAUCAUUGUUACAUCAAAAAAAAAAAAAAAAAGGGAUUUUAAUUUGCUGAAUGGUCGUUUGACUGGGACUGUUUGUUCAAUCAUUGUUUUUCCCAGCAGCGUUGAACGCAUCACGGGCCCCUGAUCCAUUGAUCCAGAGAUCCAGGCGCCGGUGGGACUCCUCGCUGUGUCCACGCCUCCUACUUUCACUCCCAUUGUGGCGAAUCUCUGGCUCUCACACACUUUGCCAGACUUCCAGGAGUUGGAAGGAAGACCAGAGGAGGUUACGACGCAAAAAAAGAAAGAAAAGGGGAAAACAGCACAAACAUAUCCACUUUUCCGCAUGGAUAUGCCUCCUCUUCGGGGACGUUUAGGAGGCGCGGUGGUUUGCGUUGCUGGGAGUACUUGAGGCUCCUACCGGAGAGAAAGCGCACUCGUACUCUCCGCUGCAAAGUUGUAAAAGAAGUUCCCUUGAAGUUCUUGUUUUUUUUCUCCGCCACCAGUUCAGUUCAAACACCGUGUUUCCUCCAGCGCUGCGAACCUCCUGCCAUCAUGGCGAGGCGGACUGCGGAGGCUCAGACGCCGAGGACUCGCGCUGCUUUCCGGGGUAAAUACCUUUCCCUCCGCGGCGGCUCGGUGGCUUUUUCGUGGCGCCUCGCUUUGAUUUGCUCGGCUCUUUCUUGUGGAUACUGCAGAGCCGAGACGGAGUUUUCCAUCCUGGAAGAAGCGCAAGUUUUGGCGGAGCAAAUGAAAAAGCUGUCUUCGCAGGAGCUGGGAGUGUUUACAAUGCAGAGGAUUUUCAACUCGUUCGUGUACACGGAGAAGACAUCAAACGGAGAGACAGAAGUUCAGCAGUUGGCCAAGAAGAUUCGGGAAAAGUUUAACCGUUACCUGGAUGUGGUGAACAGAAACAAGCAGGUGGUGGAGGCCUCUUACACCGCCCACCUUACCUCUCCACUCACAGCGAUACAGGACUGCUGCUCCAUACCUGCAUCAAUGAUGGAGUUUGAUGGAAACUUCAAUACCAACGUGUCCAAAACCAUCUGCUGUGACAGACUUUCCCCCACAGUCAACAGCAGAGCGUUCAACCCGGGACGAGACCUCAACUCAGUGUUGGCGGACAACCUGAAGUCCAACCCAGGGAUAAAGUGGCAGUACUUCAGCUCAGAGGAGGGCAUCUUCACCGUCUUCCCUGCGCACAAGUUCCACUGCAAAGGAAACUACGAGCACCGCAGCCGGCCUGUGUACGUCUCUGCAGUGCGUCCACAAUCUAAACACAUUGUGGUGAUGGUUGACCAUGGAGCGUCUAUAAAGGACUCACAGCUUCAGAUCGCCCGCGACUCUGCACUUGUGAUCCUUAAUUCCAUUGAUGAACAUGAUAAGAUCUCCAUCCUGUCAGUGGCGGACACCGUUCGCUCCUGCUCUCUAGACCAGUGCUAUAAGAGUCUGCUGUCUCCGGCCACCAGCGAGACUAAGAGGAAGAUGAGCACCUUCAUCUCUAACAUCAAGUCUUCUAAUGGAGCCACCCAACAUGCUGCUGGCUUCCAGAAGGCUUUCCAACUGCUGCGCAACACUAGCAGUCUCAGCAAACAGAGCCCCACUACAGAUAUGGUCAUCAUCUACCUUUCAUCUGGUAUUACGUCUCGAGAGUCGUCUGAGCUGGAGAAGAGGGCGACGCUCAGUGUGGUUAGAGAGGAGAACCGACACCUCAACAACUCCGUCAUGAUCUUCACUUACGCUCUGAUGAACGAGGGAGUCACUGGCUUGAAGGAGCUGGCCUUCCUGAGGGACCUCACCGAGCAGAAUUCUGUGAAGUAUGGCAUCAACCGAGCGUUCGAACAGGAGCGUUCCUCGCCUCUAUCAGUUGGAGCCCCCACGAUGCCGGUGGUAAAGGGCAGCAUGGUGGUGCUGAACCAGCUGAGCAACCUGGAGACGUCAGUGGGACGGUUUUACAUCAACCUGCCCAACCGCAUGAUUGACUUGGUGCGCUUCAGCCUGCCCUACGCUGACCCCAUGGGAGACGGUUUCAUCAUGACUGUGAGCCGGCCCUGUUACUUUGGUAACAUGCUCCUGGGCGUGGUUGGCGUGGAUGUGAACCUGGCUUACAUCCUCGAGGAUGUCACCUACUACCAAGACUCGCUGGCUUCUUAUACGUUUCUCAUUGACAACAAAGGUUACACCCUGAUGCACCCAUCACUGACCAGACCCUACCUGAUGACAGAGCCGCCCCUGCACACGGAUAUUAUCCACUAUGAGAACAUCCCAGGUUUCCCAGCUGUCCGACAGAACAUCCUUGGCCUCCCUUUAGGCAGUCAGGUAAUUGCUGUCCCCGUCAACUCUUCCCUUUCCUGGCACACCAACCGGCUCAGAGACAACAGCAAAGAUGCAUACAAUGUCAGCUAUGCAUGGAAACUGGUCCAGGACACGUCGUUUAUUCUGUGCAUUGUGUACGUGCAGCCAGAGAUCCCAGUGAAGCAGCUGAAGAACCUGAACACAGCUCCCAGCUCUAAGUUGCUGUACCAUCGCUUAGACCUGCUGGGUCAGCCCAGUUCCUGCCUACACUUCAAGCAGCUCGCCACUGUUGAAUCCCCCACGGUGAUGCUGUCAGCUGGUAGUUUCUCCUCUCCUUAUGAGCAUCUCAGUCAGCCGGAAACAAAGCGGAUGGUGGAGCACUACACGGCCUACCUCAGUGAUAACACCAGGCUUAUUGCCAACCCAGGCCUCAAGUCCUCUGUCAGGAAUGAGGUUAUGGCGACCAGUCAUGUUACGGAUGAGUGGAUGACACUAAUGGAAAUGAGUAGCCUCAACUGCUACAUUGUGCGACGUUACAUAGCAACGCCCAGCGGGGUGCUCCGAAUUUACCCAGGAUCUCUGAUGGACAAAGCAUUCGACCCGACCCGCAGACAAUGGUACCAGCAUGCUGUGGCUAACCCUGGCCUCAUCACCUUCACCGGCCCCUAUCUGGAUGUUGGCGGCGCCGGUUACGUCGUCACCAUCAGCCACACCAUUCAUGCCUCCAGCUCUCAGAUGGCCCCUGGUUAUGCAGUGGCAGUGAUGGGUAUAGACUUCACUCUUCGCUACUUCUAUAAGGUCCUGCUGGAUCUGUUGCCCAUCUGCAACCAGGACAAAGGCCAUAAGAUCAGGUGCUUCAUAAUGGAGGACAGAGGAUACCUGGUUGCUCACCCUACUCUCAUUGACCCCAAAGGUCAUGCCCCUGCUGAACAGCAGCACAUCACACACAAGGAGCCGCUUGUGGCCAAUGACAUCCUGAACCACCCCAACUUUGUCAAAAAAAACCUUUGCAACAGCUUCAGCGACCGCACAGUGCAGCGCUUCUACAAGUUCAACACCAGUAUAUUGGGAGAUCUCACUAACCUCGUUCAUGGCAGCCAUUGCUCUAAGUAUCGCCUGACCAGAAUCCCCGGCACCAAUGCAUUUGCUGGCAUCGUCAAUGAGACGUGCGACUCGCUGGCUUUCUGCGCCUGCAGCACGGUGGACCGCCUCUGCCUCAACUGCCACAGGAUGGAGCAGAAUGAGUGUGAGUGUCCAUGUGAGUGCCCUCUGGAGGUCAAUGAGUGUACAGGCAACCUCAGCAAUGCUGAAAACAGGAACCCCAGCUGCGAGGUGCAUCAAGAACCCGUCAGCUUCAGUGUGAUUGAUCCCGGUCUGUACGACACUUUGCCACAAUGUAUCAACACCCGCUGCAGCCAGAGAUACACCAGCAGUGACUGUUUCGGUGUGUUGGACUGUGAGUGGUGCAUGGUGGACAGUGAUGGUAAGACCCACCUGGACAAGCCGUACUGCGCCCUGCAGAAGGAGUGUUUUGGGGGCAUCGUUGGAGCCAAGAGUCCCUACGCAGAUGGCCUGGGUCUUCUUGAUGAGGAAGUGGCAUCUUUGAACAUGAUCAAGAGCGCCCCCGUAGGUCCGGUCGCUGGGGGCAUCAUGGGAUGCAUCAUGGUGCUGGUGCUGGCGGUGUACGCCUACAGACAUCAGAUCCACAGACGCUCGCAUCAGCACAUGUCACCACUGGCUGCACAGGAAAUGUCAGUGAGAAUGUCCAACCUCGAUAACGAGAGGGACGAGAGGGAUGAAGACAGUCAUGAGGACAGAGGGAUCAUCAGUAACACCAGGUUCAUAGCUGCAGUCAUUGAGAGACACACUCACAGUCCUGAACGGAGACGGAGGUACUGGGGGCGAUCGGGGACAGAGAGUGACCACGGCUACAGCACCAUGAGUCCACAGGAGGACAGCGAGAAUCCGCCCGGAAACAACGACCCGCUCUCGGCGGGCGUCGACGUCGGGAACCACGACGACGACAUGGACCUGGACACGCCACCUCAGACGGCAGCGCUGCUGAGCCACAAGUUCCACCCAUACCGACACGUGCACACCCACCACCACCCGCUGCACACGCAGACGCAUCACCUGCAGGCCGCCGUGACCGUACACAGCGUGGACGCAGAGUGCUGAUGCUCGAGGGGACUGAGCUAGCUUUUAUUAAAGACUAUUUUUGUAAAACAUUUGAGUAUAACGAGACUCUCCACACUGUGUACUUCAAGGUUCAGAGGAGUUGAGGAAGAAUCCCACAGCUGGAACGAGUGCCUCAGAGCCACCCGGAUUUACGCCCUGAAUUACAAAUUAUGUGUCGUCGUGGCAGCAUCAUCUUUUUCUCAUACCAUCUUUUACUCAACUUUACUUAAAGUCUUGCAGACAAUCGUACACAUAUAGGCAGACCUGGGCCAGUACAUACAAGCAGUGGGGGUUUCCGGUUUCUCCUUUGAAGGAUUAAGAACUCACAGUUUUAAUGAGAACAGGAUAAAACUGGAGCCUAAAAACUUUGAGCAGAGACAAAAAUCUUCAUUUUUCAACAUUGGACUGGACAAGAGGAAGACUGAAUUAACGCUUGGGUCUGGUAUGGAUCUCCUUUGACUGUAAAUGCAGCCCAGUUGGGACUGUAACAUAGCCUUUCUUGCAACUAGUCUCUGAAGAUAAUCUCUCCAGAAUCAGUUUAUCUGGAAAGCUGCUGCCUUUCUCCAAAGAAGAGGCUUCUGGUCUCAUCCACCAUCCUGUAGGAUGAUAUCUGAACACUUUCAUGAAUGUUUGUGAAUAUUAAUGUGGGAAAGAAAACUCUUCAAUGUUUCAGAUAAAUACACGGAAAUUUCUGAGUACAAUAUUAUUUUUCUACUAUUUAUUAAAGCGGUAGAUCCUCAAAACAGUUGGAAAAGCAAUCAGGCAGUAGGUGAUGCAUCAGAUUCAAGGCUCAUUAUUUUUGUUUUUUUUCCUCGUGAAAAUAUUACUGCUUCUUCAAGAUGAAACUAAAUGGCUUUAAGUCUUGUUAUUUUAAGGUAAUGGGAUUAUGACGCUUUCAAAUUAAACAAAAUCAGUUUAAGCUGUUCCUUCAGUGAAACAUGUCAUAAUGAAAUCAGUUUAAAAUCUAAAAAAAACAUUGAAACAGUUCACAUCCAUAACAAGCUUGAGAUUACAUCAUAGUUCAUAUUUUAAGAUGACAAAAUGAAUGAUUUUCAAGACAAAACAAGGUUGAGAUCUUAUAUUGAUAUGAAAUUAAGAGACUAAACUCGAGACCUUAUUUCAAGAUAAUAGUAUAAAACAUUGUGUAACUAGUGUGAAUUACAUUUAGCUCAGGAAGUAAGAGAUUUUUGUGCAGUUUUCAAGCAUGGUCAGAAAAAACUUACUAAACCCAAAAAUAAAAUAAACAAAUAAAAUGAUCUGAAAAUCAAAUGAGAGAUUUGAACAUUUGAAAUCUGGAAAUGUUUAGAAUUUCUGAAAUAAAAAUUAUGUACGAAGUUUAAAACAAAAUGAAGACAAUGAGCCUCAAAUUUGGAGUUGGUGAUUUAUGGCAAGCAGUACAUCUUUCAGUUUUCCGAGGUGUGUCUGUUGUUUAAAGUAUUUUGUUUGACGGUCGGUGAAAAGUUAAUCUGCACAAGACAGAAACGUUUGUGCAUGCUGAAAAAGUGUUUGACCUUUGGGAGAUGGAGGAGUAGCAACUGAAGCCAAAACCAGUAAAAAAAAUUCCUGGCUUUAGUCAGUGCUGGGGAGAGUUCUGUCAGGAUGAUAACUGGGGAUCCAUAAAAAGGUCCUAGCAGAGGCGGACAUUGUUUUGGGUCCUGGAUAGAAAAACGGGACAGAAUGUUAUCUCACUACAACCUUUUUGCCUUUGAGGCCAAGCUGAUGCUGCAUGUACCGUGUGAAGGUUGUGUGCUGGAUUACGCGCAACAAUGCGGCCUCCUCCUCAUCAGAAUGGAAGGAAAGAGAUGCUGCUGCUGUUGUGCAGAGGUUUACCCCCGUCUGUCGGCUCCUCUGCGGUUAACCACUCAAAAUGUGACGUGUGUGUGUGUGUGUGUGUCGAACGUGUGGUUAUCCACCUGAAACGCUUUCCUUGAGAGCAUUAAUUUUUUAAAACAGUGUUGGAGAAUUCUAGGUGAGCCAAUUAUUAUUGAAAAACCCACUCUUUCUUCUCCCGAGGAGUUGCUUCUUGACCCGGUCUGUGCUUUGUGGGGUUUGAUUGUUCACCUGAUCAAAUCAUGCGUGGCAUCUAAUAGAUGCCAAGAUGUCUAUUGUUCUGCAAAGAUUCAUUAUAAAAUGUAAAUACAGAGUCAUGAAUAGUUAUUAAUGUCCUGUACACUCAUUUAAAAAACAAAAACUAAUGUUAAUAUUCAGAUAUUGAAUCGUCUGUUCAUGGUGUCUUGCUAUAUUUUGAUGCCGUGGAUGUUUCUCUUUUAUUUUUUUUUUAGGCUUAUUUUUCCUUAGGUCCAUAUUGGAUGGAAGUCAGUACUUGGAAAUUUUAAUACACAGUUUAAGAGAAUUGUAGUUUUUAAAGGGUUAUUAUUGUGUGUCUUUGAGAACUAUGUAAAAAAACAAAUUGCUCUCCCCACUGACAAAGAUUUUUUUCAGCUUUUUAUUGAGUAACGAUCAAACAUUUAAGAGCUGUAUUCAUUCACUGCCGUUUUAAUUUGUCUCAUACUUUUUAAGAGAAAAAAAAGCUUAAUCUCCAAAACGAUUCAAAUGUUUCAUUCUAGUGGAGCAGACUUUAAAGAAAACCGAUGUUUUCCCCUCCAAGCUGAACCCCACAUCUUUUUGUUGCAGGAGAGCUUUUUAACAGUAUUUCUAAGCUGUUGUUAAAAAACAUAAAGUAUGUACGUGUUUAUACAGAAACACUCUGAAUUACAAGUUAUUGACUGAAGGAACAUGUGUACCUCACCCAACCCCGCUCCCAAUGUAUCGUAUAGUUAUCAACUGAGAUUAAUUGCAAUGUGAAUGUGAUAAAGUACAUUUUACACUUAAA